ACUUCUCAUGUCUUAGGUUGUUCCACCUCAUCUGCCAGGAGAUAAAGUCUGCCUCACAGGAAUGAGAGCUGGGAUGUCCAGCAACAUUCAUCUAGAAGACAUUUCCCACACUCAAGGCACUAAUACACCUCCAGGGUUGUGUGGGACCCCUGAUGUACAGGAAGACAGGACUUCAGUGAGGAACAUUUCCCUCAGGACAGGAACGUGGCUUCUCCCCCGUGUGAGAUCUCUGAUGUCUGGAAAGAUCGGACUUCUGUAAAAAACAUUUCCCGCACUCAGGACAGGAAUAUGGCUUUCUCCCCCGUGUGAGAUCUCUGAUGUCUGAAAGAUGGGACUUAUCUGAAAAACAUUUUCCCACACUCAGGACAGGAAUACGGCUUUUUCCUCCAUGUGAGAUCUCUGAUGUGUGUGCAAAGAUGGGAAUCUGUGAAAAACAUUUCCCACACUCAGGACAGGAAUACGGCUUUCUCCCCUGUGUGA